AACGACCCCAUUAGCUCAUUUUGCCUCCCACACUCCCACCCAAAGAAACAAAGACUAUCCCUGGUUUUCAAUCUGGCUCCUUCCUCUCUGUCCAUGACGACGUCGUCCGGUUCCCUAAAGAACACGAUUCCCCCAGGCCUCCAAGAAGUGCUUCUCAACAGAAAACGCCCCCAACAAGAACCCAACAACAAUGCCGGACCCUCUUCCUCCACCGAGGACGCUGCCAUCGCCGACGAUUGCUCCAGCUCCAACUCCAAGCUCAUCGUGCUGGUCACCAACAGUGACAGCAUUGAGUCACCGGGCCUUACAUUCCUCGUCGAAGCCCUCGUGCGUCAGGGCCUCUACGACGUCCAUGUCUGCGUUCCUCAAUCGGACAAAUCGGCUUCGGGCCACUCUGUCACUCGCGGAGAAACCGUCGAAGCUUGUUCGGUACAAAUUAAUGGCGCCACCGCCUUUGAAGUUUCAGGAACUCCUGUGGAUUGCGUUUCACUAGCGUUAUCUGGGGCCUUGUUUUCAUGGUCAAAGCCUGUGCUGGUUAUUAGCGGAAUUAACCAGGGAUCAAGCUGUGGUCAUCACAUGUUUUACUCAGGUGCUGUUGCUGGAGCUAGAGAGGCGUUAUUAUGUGGUGUACCUUCAUUGUCAAUAUCAUUAAAUCGGAAGAAGGAUGAAAGUCAAGAGACUGAUUUCAAGGAUGCAGUAGUACUCUGUUUACCUUUAAUAAAUGCUGCUAUCAGGGAUGUUGUAAACGGAACUUUCCUCAAAAACUGCUUUCUGAAUAUAGAAAUUCCUAAAUCACCUUUAACCAGCAAGGGCUUCAAAUUGACCAAGCAAAGUAUGUGGAGAUCCACUCCAAACUGGCAGGCAGUUUCAACUAGCCGGUAUCCUCCUGGUCAUUUCUUGGCCAGUAAACAAGGCUUUGGUCUUCAGUUUGCACAGAUUGGCCGAGAUGCCUCUGCUGCUGGUGCAGCUCGGAGAUUAACUACACAGAAAAAGAAUUUGGAGAUUGUUGAAUCAAUUGGAGCUGCCGGAAAAGCUGAUUCCAACAGGGUGAAGAAGUACUUCAGGCUAGAGUUUUUGGAUAAACAGCAGGAAGAUAUAGAUGAUGAUCUAGAUUACAUGGCACUUGAAAAUGGAUUUGUUGCAGUUACUCCACUCUCUCUUUCUCUUCAUACUGAGACCGAUAUUCAAAUGGCAGCUUCUGAUUGGAUUUCAUCUGUGCUUUCUGGUGAACAAUAGCCUCAAGCAGAGUUCAGCUUCAGCGUAAUUAUGUACAUUUGAGAUUUCUGAUGAUUCUUUCUUUUCUAUGUUCUUGAAAGCAAAGGUCGAGCAGAAGCGGCAGUCACACCUAUUCUAUAGUUGAUAUCAUCAAUCUGCACUCUUUUUUUUUUUGUAUGCGUGUAAGAUAUUUUGUAUUCCUCUCUUCAUUGUUUCAUUUCUUUUGGUCGCUAGUUAUUUCUGAUGUGUGCUUCCUGUAAUCUCCUAGGCAUAUUUUAAAAAUGCCAUUUCGUCUGUUUGUAACUUAAAAAACUACUAGCAAAACGCUGGUGCACGUGUCAUUGUAAUUUUUCGCUAAAUUGUUGUUUGAAAGAUAGUUUUAAGCUUGGUUUGAUGGUUUGUAGCCUCUGGUCAGAUAUCUAGCAGCCUUGUAUGGAUUUUGACCUUUCAAAAUAUUUUUUUUU